AUGAUCAAUGGUCAUUAACGAAGGGCGCCUUCUGGUAUUGUCCAAAUGCCGCUAUGCAGUGUGCGAAGAAGGUGUUGGACCUCGGAGCGCCAUACCUGGGCUGCCUCAUUUUCACGAAGGUCUUGGCUUUGGCAAGCAGCUAUGCAGAGAUGGGUUUCCUUGUAGAAAUAUUGCUUUCACUUGCCGCAUUCCUCACACUUCUGGACAUAGCAGUCCGAGUUGCAGCUUCAAGGAAUCGCCGCUUCAGCCCCUCAAAGCAUGGUGCUGAUGCCUUGCUUUUUGUCCUCUUCACACUCCAGUGCUUUUUGUGCGGACGCAAGGAAGCCAGGCCAAGCUGCAGAGCAUUGCGCUUGGUGCUGCCAUUUUCUGUCCUCGUGAGCGUCGGAGGGAACAUGAUGCGAAUGACCCGGAAACCAAAGCCUCCUGGCACAGGCGAUGCUGAAGAAGGCGAAAUCACAACACUUGGAGGCUCCGCAGAGUAAACUGGUGGCGGCCUGGCUCAUUGGUCCUGAGGUGUCUCUCCGAGGACCAAGUAACGGCUGGUGAAUAGUUCGAAAAAGGUUGUCGGACAGUUUUGGC